CUUGUUUCGCGAAUGAAACUUUAUCCGCGACUUUUCCGCCGUUGCAUUCCAAUUUAAUGCAAUCGUUCAGAUGUUAAUUAGGGGCUGCUCGCCAUGUUUUACGAUCGGCUUAAAUCGAGGAUACGUACGUACGCUUCCGUGGAAACGGAGCGCGGGGGCCCGCUUCGCAAGUCGCGGAUUUAUAUUUGCACUUCACGCGUUUUUCAGGACCACCGUGCACCGCGGCAGUUUCAAUUAGUUCCGUCGAUAGUUAGUAGCGCGCUCGAAAGGCCGGCCCCCGUGUGCCGCGGAUACGAAGAAACUCGCGUGAACGGGUGAAAUCGCGAGGCUGGCGCGUAAUUUCGCGAAAAAAAUUUCAGUUAUGGUCGGACGCCUGUAGCGCGCGUCCGUCUUGCUCGAUGAUGAUUGGAAUAAUCGAUACUCGCGCACCGCUGAAAGUGGAAACGAAAGAAUCUCCGUGGGACGUGGAGCUGCACUUGGCCGCAGCCCGCGGCGACGCUAAACGUCUGCGGGUCCUCCUGGACUCGGGACGGGUCCACGUCGACUGCAAGGACAAGGAUGGAACGACUCCUUUGAUACUGGCCGCCGCCGGAGGGCACAUCGAGGCUGUCACCGAAUUGCUGCAACAAGGGGCGGAUCCUAAUGCCAGAAGGCUGACCGGCACCACGGCGCUGUUCUUCGCCGCCCAGGGUGGCUACAUGGACAUCGCCGGACUUUUAUUGGAGCACGGCGCCGCGGUGGACUCGUGCAGCAUAGACGGCGGCACCCCACUUUUCGUCGCGUGCCAGUGCGGUCACCUGGACGUGGUGGAGGGUCUGAUCGAAAGAGGCGCCAAUCCGAACGCUCACAUGAAGGAUGGAGCUACGGCCCUCUUCAUCGCAGCCCAGAACGGCCACGUGCGUAUCCUAGAGGUUCUUCUGGAGCACGGGGCGAAGACGGACGCCGCUCGAACCGAUGGUGCCACGCCUUUAUGGAUAGGAGCGCAAAUGGGGCACGAUCACGUCGUGAGAAGGCUUCUGAAAGCUGGCGCGAAGGUCGAUGCCACCAGACACGAUGGAGCAACCCCGCUGUUUAAGGCGGCUCAUAAGGGACACACUGCCGUGGUCGGGGAACUCCUCAAGUACCGUCCGUCCCUCGGGAUUCUUCCAAACGGUGAAAGCGCGCUUCACGCAGCAGCCUUAACAGGACAAAUGACAGUGGCGAGGCAACUCGUGGGAGCAGGCGCGGACCCUCUGCUUGUCAACCAGGAGGGUGUCACACCUCUUCAGUUGGCAGUUAGGCACUCGCAGACUCAAGUCGCGAAUUAUCUGAAGGAUAAAGUUAGGACACGAACCGGGACGUCUUAGCAAUUCGGUUAUCCGUCCAGUAACGUAGAAGUUAAUGCAGAAAAGUAACAGUGGAGAAUGUAUAGGCCAGCGGAGGAGAGAUCAGUAUUUCUAAAGAGAAUGUAAUAUAUAUAUGUAUAUAUAUAUUUGCAUAUAUAUAUAUGUUACAUGUUGAAUGUACUAAAUUCAAUGAUUUAUAAAUAGAAUGAAACAAGUGCAAUCUUAUUAUAUUUCGUAACGUUACAGAAUUGAAGCGUAAAUGAGACGUUGGUCUUUCUAUCACACUGCACGGAAGUGUGGUCAGAUGCUCUAUCUUUGUCUUAACUUUUAGCUGGUUUAGUAGCAUUACAGUGACCUGGUUUGUCACUUGCAUCCUCGGCAGAACUUUUAAAACCUCGUUCACGAUAUAAAAUAUUUCUAUUAACUUGACAGUAGGGCCACGGUAACGUUAUGUUAUAUUAUUCCUGUUAUACCAGCUGAGAGUUAAUACUGUUAGCUACUUAUUCGGUGUAUAUACAGUUAGAAAUAUACAAAAUACCAUUCUGUAGUGUAAAAUAUAUCCUAAACGUAUUCUCUUGUUGUAUAUAUUCUUACAUGAACUUUGGAAAUAUUAACUCUUUCGAUGUACCGUGUUACGCACCGGGAUCAUUUUUACAGUAGAAUUUAUAUAUACAUAUAUACAUGUAUAUAUAUAUAUAUAUAUAUUGAAUAUCUACAUAUACAUAUAUUUUAUUAGCAACAAACCGGUUGUUACAGAAAGAUCCUAAACGUACGUGGAUUUUACGCAAUUGUUUCUGUUCUAAUUAAGAAUUAUAUAAGACUGAUUGAUUUGCCUUGGGGUAUACAAAAUUGACGAAUUUUAUAGUUGAACGUCUAUUUCUUCCUGUUGAUUUAUAUAUAUAAUAGUAUAUGUUAUUGUUAACGCACAUGUGAAAUGUAAAGAAAUAACCGUAAGCAAGUGUUUAGUUCUUAAACCGUAAUGUAUAAGAUAUUUAAUCGUUUUAUUUGAAUGUAACAUUAAUGAGAUAUUUUAUAACUGUUUGUUUGGUGUUAAUUUACGAUGUGUAUAAUAAAUAUCUUUACUGUUUUCCCAAAA